CGUUCCACAGACAAACACGUGUGAUGAUUGUAUGCUCCAUUGAGUAGUUUCAGUCCGUAGCACAAGAGGAGCGGGGUUCGGUCAUUUAGAUCAGCAAAACUCUAGGCUCUUCACAGGAAUUGCAACAUUUUAUGUAAUUACGUGUCGUGACAACUGCCUGAUUGAAGCACUGAGACAAACAGAAUUUACCGGACAGUGUGAACACAGGCUGCUGUCUUCAUACCUCCAGUAAGGGUUUGGACUUUUUCAUGUACAAUGGCUGACUAUUUAAUCAGUGGAGAGACGGGAUACGUGCCUGACGACGGUUUAACGGGACAACAACUCUUUAACUGCGGAGAUGGCCUCACCUACAAUGAUUUCCUGAUUCUGCCAGGAUACAUUGACUUCUCAGCUGACCAGGUGGACCUGACAUCAGCCUUGACCAAACAGAUCACAAUGAAAACUCCACUGGUCUCGUCACCCAUGGACACGGUCACAGAGUCUGGAAUGGCCAUAGCUAUGGCGUUGACUGGUGGAAUUGGCUUUAUUCAUCAUAACUGCACUCCAGAGUUCCAGGCCAAUGAAGUUCGCAAGGUCAAGAGGUAUGAACAAGGUUUCAUUACGGAUCCAGUGGUGAUGAGUCCAAACGAGCGGGUAAGGGACGUCUUUCAGGCUAAAGCUUGUCACGGAUUCUGUGGUAUUCCAAUCACAGACAAUGGACAGAUGGGCGGACGUCUGGUCGGCAUCAUUUCAUCACGAGAUAUCGACUUCCUGAAAGAGUCGGAGCAUGACCUGCUACUCAGUGAGGUGAUGACUAAGAGGGAUGAUCUUGUUGUAGCUCCAGCAGGAGUAACACUGAAAGAGGCCAAUGAAAUCCUUCAGAGGAGCAAAAAAGGCAAGCUUCCUAUCGUAAAUCAGGAGGGCUGUUUGGUGGCCAUCAUCGCCCGGACAGAUCUAAAGAAGAACAGAGAUUUCCCACUGGCCUCAAAAGACUCCCGGAAACAGCUACUUUGUGGUGCUGCCAUCGGAACACACAAUGAUGACAAAUACAGACUGGAUCUGUUGGCGCAGGCUGGUGUGGACGUGGUUGUCCUGGACUCUUCCCAAGGAAAUUCGAUCUUUCAGAUUAAUAUGAUUAAGUACAUAAAGGAGAAAUAUCCUAGUCUACAGGUUAUCGGCGGCAACGUGGUGACUGCGGCUCAGGCGAAGAAUUUGAUUGAUGCAGGAGCGGACGCCCUGAGAGUGGGAAUGGGAAGCGGCUCCAUUUGCAUCACACAAGAAGUCCUGGCAUGUGGGAGGCCUCAGGCUACAGCCGUGUAUAAGGUAUCUGAAUAUGCUCGGCGAUUUGGAGUGCCUGUGAUCGCUGAUGGGGGAAUUCAGACAGUUGGUCACAUUGCUAAAGCUCUUGCGUUGGGGGCAUCUACAGUAAUGAUGGGGUCAUUGCUAGCAGCCACCUCUGAAACUCCUGGUGAAUAUUUCUUCUCUGAUGGGAUCCGUCUGAAGAAGUUCAGAGGAAUGGGUUCACUGGAUGCCAUGGACAAGAACCUGGGCUCACAAAACCGAUACUUCAGGGCAAUGAUGUAUUCAGGUGAAUUGAGGUUUGAAAAGAGAACCAUGUCAGCUCAGAUGGAAGGUGGAGUGCACAGUCUACACAGCUAUGAGAAGCGGCUGUUUUAACGAAGAAACUACAGAUGCUAGUACAUGCACUCCUGUUAAUCUACUUUCUACACAUUUUUCUAACAUACUGACACCCAAACACAAUUGAGAACCACAGCUUCCUCUUUCUCUUGUCUUCCCAGCUGCCUUUCCUCUUAGUAAGGAGAGAAACCAUGUGUGAAUGUCUGUAUGCUUAUGUCCGUGUGUGUGAAUGUGUGCGUUUGCAUUCUUUUGUGUGGUUGCGGUGAGCAUGUGCUGUCUGUUGAAUGUAUCAGAUGCCUUACUUUGUUAAAAAAAAAAAUAGUUUUUUUGACAACUUGGAAAGUAUUAACAUAUAUCCUUUUUUUUUGGACACUGAUAUUUGUUGGUCUGUUAAAUAAAAUGCUAAUUAUACAAGUACAUGCAUACUUUUAAGCAAUAAUAAUCAAUGCUUGCAGUUCAUAAAUAAAACUGGAUGACUGAGUGUAGUUCAUGAUCUGUGCGAAACAGGAAGUAAUGUAUUUUGAUGGGAUUUCUGUUCAAUUUAUUAUAAAAAGAGAACUGUCAGUUCAGGUUUGGUGUGUACAUUUGAGUGCCUUCAUAAAAUGUUUCAUGUCAUUUAUAACAUGUUUCAAUUACUUGCAUAUGUUUUUAUUUAUAUAUAUAUAUUUGUGUGUAUAUAUAUAUAUAUAUAUAUAUAUACAUAUAUAUAUAUAUAUAUACACUCACACACACAUACAAUAAAUUGAUUUUAAAACCUGAAUCUGUGGGUAGGUGGCUGUUUGUUAAAGAGACACUGGUACGCUAUUCCUCAUUUUGCAAGCAUGUCUCAAGGGAACCAGCCUUCACCUCCAAAACCACCGGACUUUCCAAACAUGCAUUAACACAUGCUCACUAAUGGGCUUGCACCUGGACAGGUUGGGCUGAGAGCUUCAGU